CACAGUUGUAUUCCCUAUUUUAUGUGUUCUCUUUAUUUGACUUUGAAUUUCCUAGAAUGUUUGGAUAGAUUUCUUAAAUACAAAGAGACUGCUAAUUUGUAGUAUGAUUCUUCUUGGUAUUGAAUCUAUAGAGAAACUUUAAUGGAUUUGUAGUACAGAAUGGAGACAGAUCUGAUCCCUCACUUCCUCAAAUGACAUAACUGUAAAAGCACUGUAGUACAAGGCAUAGACAAAUGUGUAUCCUACUACUAAAUCAUUGCAUUCGUACUGAUGCAACUCGUGCUAUAGGCUAACACAUUGAUAAGCCUUUGAUCUAUUGUUGCGCCCUAUAGCACACAAGCGUCGUGUUAUUUUUAGAGUGUGUGACAUCUAUAUAAUUUGUUCCAUGAGCUCACUCUGGACCUAAACUCCAACACAGUUUUACCAGUUUUUGUUGAUCUGUCCACACAAACAUGAGGAUGAACCACUGCGACUGUUUUAUACUGGAUUGCUUUUUUUUGUUUUUGUUUUUUGUACUUUUUUUUGUACUUUUUUGUAAUAGCCUACUGGCCCGCGCUGUUCGUCCAUCUCUCAUUUUAAGCUCGUGUUAACCGGUGGCAGGAGGUGGCAGACCCCGUCACCCUCUGACCCCAGUAGUGCUCUAAUCUGCAUGAAGGAAUGAGCGGCAUUCUUCAGCUGCUGUGUUUCGUGUGUUGUGCGAGCAGCUCCAGACCAGACAUAAGAGAGAGAAAGGCGAGGGGUGGGAGUGGAGGACGUUACGACGUAGAAGUAGCGCGCAACAGCCCAGUCCGAAGAGUUGAGGCACCAAAGUUUCCAGCGAGCGUAACGGCAAGAAACUUUUUGAAAUGAACGCGCAGGGGGUACGCGGAUGGGAUUUACGCGGUGGUAAAAGCUGAACAUGGGCCAGGCUGCUGUCUCCACCGUGUCCCAGACAGCUAGCGUUGAUGGGUUGGAGAAGUCCUCAUCUCUGGCCGGCUGUGACGUGGUGGUGGACAGCGCCACAAAUACACCCAAUGGCUCCCGACAGCAGAGAGGCAAGCUGUCGUCUUUAGGAAAAAUCUUCAAACCGUGGAAAUGGAGGAAGAAGAAAACCAGUGACAAGUUUCAGGACCUCUCCAAAGUUUUAGAACGAAAAAUCUCAACAAGACAAACGCGGGAGGAACUCAUCAAAAAAGGAGUACUCAUCCCAGACCAAGAUGAGCCUGUGAGCAAUGAGAACCUGAACGGCCACGCCACAUCAAGUGUGACGUCGGAGGAAGUCAAGGUGGACAUAGAAUCACCUGAUGCACAACGGCAGGAGCAAGCUGUCGCACCUGUCGACAACACUGAGGACAGAACAGCCAAAUCUUCCCAGCCAAAGAAGACAGGCACUACCACAAAAACAACCUCAAACUCCACAUCCAGUCCUCGCUCUAAGGACUCUGGAACUACUGCACGCGCUUCCGGAACAGAUGUAAAGGUGAACCGGAAAUCUGACUCUUCAUCUUCCUCUGGACCUCACAAAACACAGGGGCAGAAAGCAGACUCCAAAUCCUCUGAUCCAAAACCUGCUGUGUCCAAAAACUCAGAGGGGAAGGAAACUAAAGUUGUACCUAAAUCUGUACAGACUGCUCCCAGUUCAGUGGAGGAGACACAGAACGCUGUGGAAGCAGAGGCCAAUGCAGCCAGCCCCUAUGUUAACCCCGCCACUGAGGACACUUCCUUCACAGAGAAGGACACAGAGAACAGUUCACAGGCGGAGAAGGAGUCGCAGGAGGGGGGGCAAACAGGAGAGGAGGAGAGGACAGGAGAGGGGGAGCCUGCUCCCCAAAAUAGUCCCAGUUCAGUGGGGGGUCAGUCUGAAAAGCAGCAGAGCCUCAGUGUGAACACGGAGCACCCGGAGGUGACGGUGAUCCCAGACCGUCCCCGGAGUCAGACCAGUGACUCUGACUCAGACGGACCAAUCCUUUAUCGGGACGAUGACGAGGAAGAGGAUGAUGAGUACACAAACAGCUCUCUGGCCAACAAAAUCCGGAGGCGAGACACUCUCAAUAUUAAACUUGGAAACCGACCGAGCAAGAAGGAGCUGGAGGAGAAGAACAUUCUUCCACGGAGCUCUGAGACUGAGCGGCAGGAGCUGCGCCAACAGAUUGGCUCCAAACUCGUCAGGCGUUUAAGCCAAAGACCCACCACAGAGGAGCUGGAACAGAGGAACAUCCUCAAACAAAAAAAUGAAGCAGAGGAACAAGAAGCCAAACAAGAGAUUAAAAGACGGCUCUCUAGAAAGCUGAGCGUGAGGCCGACAGUCGCAGAAUUAGUUGCGCGCAGGAUUUUGCGUUUUAAUGAAUACGUGGAGGUCACAGAUGCCAGCAACUACGACCGCCGAGCAGACAAGCCCUGGACCCGGCUCACUCCUGCUGACAAGGCUGCUAUUCGUAAGGAGCUAAAUGAGUUUAAGAGUCGAGAGAUGGAGGUUCAUGAGGACAGUAAACAGUUCACCAGAUUCCAUCGGCCCUGACCAUCUCUGAUGUUUGGUCAUCAUAACCCUCUGGUGGUCCACAGAGCAGAGUCCACUCUUCUGCUUCACACCUGUAUCCUCACGUUUGUGUGGCAGCUCCGGACGUGUCUUGGACCUUUUUGUUUUUCUCAGACAAACAUUUGCACAUAUCUCAAGCCUUGUGAAGCACUCCAAGUAUUUAUUUUAAUGGCCAAGAGCUGCCUGUAAUAAUUUAUGAUUCUUUUUAAUUUCCUUUUUUUUUAAAUUUCAGUCCAGUAUUUAAAGGAUUUGGGAGUAAAAUGACUAAGCUGUACAUGGUGGGAGAGAUGCUUUCUGCCCCCUCCCAUGUUGAACUAUCUCAAGCCAAAAUGCCAGAUAUGGACAACCUGCCGAACAAGGAAAACUGGACAUUUGAGUGGCUGAGCUCUGACGCCUCUGUGAAGGGAGUGUGUGCCUCUUAGAAUGAAUUCAAAUACUGCUGUUUAACAUAUUGAAAGUGUGUUGCCACUAGAGGGCAUUAUAUCAUAAGGAUUCUUCAUCUUAGUGUUUUCUUCUUCAUAGUCAGUGUUAUAUUGUAGGAGCACUGGUCACUUAGGCUUUUACCUACAAGUGCAAUGGCAAAACCGGUCUUUUCUCUUUGCAUACUGUAAUAUAAGGACACAGCGAAGAUCUGCUUUUCUUUCUUUUAUUUAUUUCGUUUCAAGUGACAUAUGGACAACUUGGUGCCAAAUAAUGUUUGGACAUCUGUUAAUUAAGUUUUAGUGUCUCUAUUUGGAACAGCAUUUACUCUGCAAAUAUUUUUUAUAUCCUUUUUAAAAAUUAUUUACAGUUAAAAUGAUUAAUAUUCAAUGAGUCUGGUUAAUUUAAAUUACAAUGCCUGCUAAUUAAGAAGUUAUUGGUGGUUUUCAGAUUGUACAAUAUGAUAAUGUUAUACUCCCAGAUGGGGGACAACAGCCAGAUAUUCCUGUUGAUUACAUUGUACUUUGCCAUGAAAUAUCCAAAAGGUAAAUUCACAAAUGUUAAACCUGAUAUUUUCAAUUAAUGACUAAACCCAAGAACUCUCUGUAUUACAUAAUUUUGCAUUUUAACAAUAUUUUAGCUGCCCCCAUCUGUAUUCAUAAAUAACGGCCUAUAAAAUGUCAUCUGAAACCCAGGAAUUGCUCUGUCUGUAGGAAAAUUUACCUUCUCCAUCCAACUUGUCAGGAGCUGUGAGCUAUGCGAUAGGGACUCUAUAAUGUAUUAUAAUAUUUGUUUUAAAACUAAGAAGAAAAAACAGUAAACAAAUGUACAGACUGCACAUAGAAAGUCCUGGUCCACCAAACCUCUUCUGUUGGAGCUGGUAGCACAAUUUUACUGCUGCAUGUGCUAGUCUGACUUCUUAGCUGAGUCAAAGUUUAAAUAUUUCGAGCCUCUUUUGUUUUGCCCCUGUUCUUUUGGCUGUGUGCAGUGGGUGGAAAGACGAGGCAGUCGAACUCCCCAUGGUUCAGACUCUUGACAGCUGGUGGGUUGUUUGAAAUCUAAAAUCUAUUUUGAGUCCACACUCCUAAAAUCCACAGGAGAUGCUUUUAAAAAUAAAAUAGUAAAAAAUUUAAUAAUGCACACUAAAAACAUUAAGCAUUUGAAGUGUAAGUGUAAGACCCAUUUUAAAGCAGUUCUUUCUUAUGAGAUCAGUCAAAGAUCAGUACAUUUUGGCUGUAUAAUUCUUCAUGGGUUUUUUUUCAAAAUCACAUAAAUAUUUCAAACAAGUAAUUAUUGAACGUUAAGUGCACAUGAAUUACAUUUUUUUCUCCAGUGGAAAUUGGGUUCGAGGCUACAGUGACCUACAGUUGGAACUUGCUGACGCACUUUGCUUUUGAUAAAAGCUCUUCAUAGUCCCACAAUAUGCUCCUCAUUGUUGGUCACAGAAACAGAAAAUGAUGAAUAAUUCAAUGAAUGACUGCACCAGGAUAAUUAUGGAUGUACAGUCUUUCAAAGCAGUAUUCAAACAUUUGUGUGCUAUUUUCAAUUGAUUAUUUUGUACAGAUGAGUAAAUGUGUCAAGCGUGUGCAUCAAGAAAUCAUUUUUACCACUGUUUCCAUACAGUAGAUGUGAAGGUAGUCCACCUUCAGGAUUCAUCAGCUACAUGGAUAUCAAACAGUGAAGAAUACACUGAGGACUUCCUGCUUUGCUUUUUCUCUAUAUAUUAUAACUACAUCCAAAUCAAUUUCUAAGCCUGUCACGAUAACAAAUUUUUAAGUAUGAUUUAUUAUUGAAGGCGAUAAAUGAUAACACUGAAACCAAACCAUAAAGCAGAAUUCUCCCCCCCAAAAGUAUUUUAAAUGUACAAUAUUGUUUAAAGUAUGAGCAGCAAUAAAUAAGUAAUUGAUUUGUGUUUAUAAUGAUUCAUAAAAGUAAUUUAUUGCACCCUUUAUAGCUCAAAUAUUACAGUACAGAAAAGUAAUAGCACUUUUACCACUAGUACAAAGAGGAAGUCCCCGCAACAAAUAUUGACCCCAUAAAAUAUAGUUCCAUCUUUCAUGUAUUGAAAGAUGAGCUGAUAUAGUACUUAUCGAGACAGGCCUAUCAAUUUCCAUUAAAAGUUUAUUUGCAAAUAUAUGCUACAGCUUAUUUUGAAAUCUUUAAAUUCCAAUUGUAUUAUUUAGAAGCCAAAUGUUAAUAUUCAGACAGUUGAAGUUGAAUUUGAGGCAUUCCAUCAUCCCUUUCUGCAAAUCAAAAGUUUGAAAUUGACAGCUAGAGAACCAAUCUGUCAAAAUGUUUACAUCCCAAACAUGUCUUGGUGCUUGAGCCUUUUCUUCUUUACUUUCCAAAUGAUUUUGAGAGCCAUAAUCUGCUGCUGUUACGUUUUUACGAUAUGUUCAACAAAUGCAGUUGCAAUUUGAUUUUUUUUUUUCUUCUGUAGGAAUUUAAAAUGUGUAUAUGACUUAUAGGACUGGACCAUUUCCACUGACAAGUUGCUUAUUAUUAUACCCUAUGUUUGACCUGAAAUCCAUAUUGUAAUUGUACUGUACAGUAUAUCUACUAAACUGUUACAUCUAAAUAUCUGCAAUGAUUUUGUACAUAAAAAGUCAAACAUC